UCGUCACCGUUUAAUCACCGAAAGCAAGCUACCUGAUUGGAGCCUUUGGUUUGAAACUUGAAACGGACGGUUACAUUGCAAGUUGUGCCGCUUUUCUCAGCUGAAUCAGUUAGUUUCUUCAUCUAUGUGUGGUGGUGGAAGGAGGAUUAGGAGGAGCAUAGGCUUUGUCGCUGCCAUAGCUGGAUGUGCAUCGGGUGCAGGAUAAAUGCGCUACACCGGGGAUCUAGGGUUUUCGAGCCUGGUCCUUUUGGUGCUGUUGCUGCUGCUGAUUUGUCUUGUUUUUCCGGCGAUCGGAUUCUUUUAUGUCCGCCGUAAAUGGCGGAUUUCAGUGGCUAGGAAGGAAGAGAUCAGGAGGCUUCUGAUUUUGGCUGCUGAGGAAACUGCCAGGGCCGAGAGAGAGUCCACGUAUGGUUACGGUGCCGCGGUGGAAACCGCCGUCAAGAGCAAUCAGUGUGCCGUGUGCUUUGUUCCCGCCACCGCACGCUGCGCUCAGUGCAAAUCGGUUCGCUACUGUUCGUUUGAGUGUCAAACUCUUCAUUGGCGCCAAGGGCACAAAUUGGAAUGCCGUCUGCAAAGAAUCCUUCGGCAGAGUGAUGUAGUUAGUGAUCUUGGCAACAAGGCAACCGAGCAAGAAUUCUCUAGAAUCGCUGACCAGAAGUCUGAAAUUGCAGGUGCAGAGCAUGAAGCGUCCAGUGAAAACCAACAAACUUCAGUCGCUGGUGUUUCUUCUAAAGUUUUAUAUGGAAAAAAUGAAAAUGUAAGAGAUGAGUGCCUUGCAGGGGGAACUAUAACAGAUUCUAAUUCUGAGUUGUCAAGUAACUCUUUUUCUGGCUUCUCAGCUUCUCCAAGUGCUAGUGAAUCAUCUGAUGACUCCUCUAUUUGUGAGAGUGUUAUAUCAAACGAGCAUGACCAAUCUGAUGGACCGAUUUUUGUUGAUUCAACACUUGACGUUCCAGAUAGCACUUCAAGUGACAGUAGCAUGGUUGUAGCUAUGUCUUCAUCACCCAAAUUUGCCAGUUUGGUUGAAUCAGUUGAUGGUUUUUCGACAAUGCGUAAAUUAAAUGAAAGUAGAUCUGGUCUUUGUAAAGAAGAAGGAAAACUUGCAAAAAAUGGUACUUCAGGUUCAGGUAUGCUGAAGGGGGCAACAAUCAAGCCUUCCAUAGUGUCUUCCGGGUUCUGGGAUAGAACUCUUGGCACAACUGGGAUUGAAGAAGAUGUCAACAGUGACACUUCUCCAUCCCAUUCGGAUGAAUCCACUCACAAUACAGGAUCUGAUUCUCAGUCAUUUCGCUUUUCGUUUAGUUCCAUCGCUCUUAUGCAAGCGCAAGAUAGUGAGGCAAAGAAUUUUGUAUCUGAUAAUGCUUCUCCCAAUACUGUUGGGGACAAUGUGCCUUGCUCAGGAUCAGCAUCAACGGAGAAUGACAGAGAUACAGUGAAUUCUUCAAAGGCUACAAAUCUUAAAUUCAUGAACAGCAAAGAUUCCAUACUUCCAAACCCUGCUGCUGCCCCUGUUUAUGAAUCUGAUCAAUUGGAAUCUAAAGGCAGCUCUGUGCAACCCUUAUCUUGUCUCUACCCACCAUCCCCCAGUCCUAGCAAAGGUUCAGGUUGUGCAGAUUCUUUGAACGUCCAUAACUUGCAAUCGUAUAUUUCUAUGGCAUCAAAUCGUGUUGUAGGAAACCAUGGCAUCAAUUCUAAGUCUGCUGAAAUUAGAUGCCUGACACGUGACCUUGAUUCUAAUUUAGUCUGUAGAACUGAUGCUCACUCAAAUUCCAGUACAAAACAUGUGAAUAAUGGUAAUCAAUCUGCCACUAGUACGUCGUCUGGGGGUGUUAGCUGUUCUGCAAAUUCUAAGAGUGGCUUGAAAUCAUCUGUUUUAAAAGUUGUUGAUCAGUUCCGAGGAUCAAAUUUCUCAAAGCAGUUUCCACUAGUUUGGAAUGAUACCGCAGGAAAACAAAGUGAUAAGAUGUUGCAGGGUCUUUUUCCUUAUGAAUUGUUUGUCAAGAUUUAUAACUCGAACAAGGGGGAGUUUAGCCCAUUUGGUCUUAUAAAUUGUGGGAACAGCUGUUAUGCCAAUGCUGUACUCCAGUGCUUAGUAUUUACACCACCCCUGACUGCAUAUUUUCUUCAAGGACUACAUUCUACAGCAUGUGCAAAUAAAAAAUGUUUCAACUGUGAGUUUGAAAGUUUGAUUUUGAAGUCAAAGGAUACAAAAUAUCCACUCUCUCCUAAGGGCAUACUCUCCCAACUAAGGAGAACUGGAAGUCAACUUGGUAAUGGCAAAGAAGAAGAUGCACAUGAAUUUCUAAGGCAUGCCAUUGACACAAUGCAAUCUGUUUGCCUUAUGGAUGCUGGGGUUGAUGUAUGUGGUUCAUUGGAAGAGGACACUACUUUAAUUGGUCUAACAUUUGGGGGUUACCUUAGAUCAAAGAUAAAAUGCAUGAAAUGUGGAGGAAAAUCUGAACGUCAGGAAAGGAUGAUGGAUCUUACCGUUGAGAUAGAAGGGGACAUAGCAACCCUGCAGGAAGCUCUUCGACGAUUUACAAGUACCGAGUCUUUGGAUGGAGAAAAUAAGUACCACUGUGUCAGAUGUAAAUCUUAUGAGAAGGCCAAGAAGAAGCUGACCAUUUCUGAGGCACCUAAUGUUCUUACAAUUGCAUUAAAGAGAUUUCAGUCAGGAAAGUUUGGGAAGCUUAACAAGCCUAUCCAGUUUCCUAAAACUCUUGACUUGGCUCCUUUCAUGAGUGGGACUAGUGAUAAAUCACCUAUAUACAGACUGUAUGGUGUAGUUGUUCACUUGGAUAUCAUGAAUGCUGCCUUUUCUGGUCACUAUGUGAGCUAUGUGAAGAAUAGUCAAAACAAGUGGUUCAAGGUUGAUGACAGUGUGGUGACACCUGUUGAGGUGGAGAGAGUCUUAACAAAAGGAUCAUAUAUGCUUUUUUAUGCAAGGUGUUCACCCAAGGCCCCAAGAUCAAUCAGAGGCAAGACAUUGUCCCCAGAAUCAAAAGGCAAAGUAACCGAUAUAUCAGUAGUCCAGAUGGUUCACCCACCUUGGACUCCUUCUAUUCAAAGUUUCACCACCUGAAGAGAGUUUUAGAAGAUGACUCGUCAAGUGACAAUUCAUCGCUAAUCAGCAGCAAUUCCGACUUAGGUUCUUGCAGCACCGAUAGCACUCAUGAUUCGACUACCACAGAUGAGUUCUCCAAUUAUAUUUUCGGUGAUUCAAGGGUCGGCUGGGGUAGCCCAUGGAGGAACUCCGAAUCCGACACCUCAUCCUCCACCUCUUCCUCAUCUUCUCCCCUGAACUUCAGGCAUUCACCCCUAGCCGAUGUGGACCGAUAUGAUUCAGUUUCUCAUGGUUCAAGUGCAGAUAUAGAUGGCAAUUUGUACAGGAACAAAAUGGGGCAUGCAGAAAGAAAAGGAGGUGUUGUGCCUCUCUCACAUUCAGACACUCUACACCAUAGGAAGUUAGAAAGUACUAGGAUUAGCAGCAACAGUAAUUUUAGGGAUACUAACUCUCAUCAGAGACUAGGAUCUAACCAUUUUAAUGGCAUAAGCUCUGGUGCACCUUGUAGAAAACCAAGGGACAGAACGGAUUGAAAAAUUUAUUUAGUUUUAAUCUAUAGGUAGGCCGGUGCAGUAUAUAAUGAGGGAUAGUCUACCAUUUAUGUAAUGUACUCAAAAGAUGGCGUUCUUAUAGAAAGGAAUUAGCCAUCAACAUUUUGCUUGUCACUUAAAUAGAUGUAGUAGGUAUAUAGAUUAAUUACUGUAACUAAUAAGUCUUAUCAUUCCAUUUUUCUGAAAGAAAAACUUGAACAC